CUGGCUGCCAUGGAGGUCCAGUGGGUUGGGGUUGAACCCCUGAGGAUGGGCCCUCCACACACAGCCCUCGGCCUGAUCUUCUCUGUGCUGCUUGGUGUGUGGUCUGUUCAGGCCCUUGAGAUGUCUGUUGGGAAGAUUCCCUUCCUGCAGGCAGUGAAUGGCAGCACAGUCAUGUUGCCUUGCAUAUAUAUAAGCUGUAUCGGCAUCGAGGAUCUCUACUUCAGCUGGCAGUUCAAUGACAACGGCACCAUGCAGAAGGUGUGUGAUUCAGUGAUAGCGUCAGAGGAGGUGGAGCCACAUGUAGCUAUAUAUCGUGAACGGGUGGAGUUUGUGGGGAAGAACCAUAACAACAACAUCUCCAUCUUGCUGUGGAACAUCACCUUCGAGGACGGAGGCCAGUACACUUGUUUUGGACGGAACCCCAAAGAGAAGGGCAGGAACCACAGCGCCAUCUUCAACCUCAUCGUGGUGGACGAGUUGAGGGUGGUGGACAACACGCUGACCAUCAUCAUAGCCUCGUGUGUGGGUGGAGCCAUCGCAGCGUUAAUGGGCUUCAUGUUGCUCAAGAACUUCACUCUCUAUGUUAUGUCUAAAAUUGAGGAGAAAAAUAAGGAGUGCCUUGUAACUUCAUCAGGGAUCGACAACACAGAAAAUGGCCUCUCAGGAUCCAAAGCUGAUUCAAAGCCGACACCAAAAAAGAAAUGAGAAAGUGCAUGUAUACAAAACAAUAUUAGUACCCUUGUUUAUGUACCUUCUUUGCAUAUAUGAUGCACAUGUGUCUGCACACACGCAAAUUCAUUAUGUUCAAGUUGGGAAUCCUAAA